ACGAAAUUGUGAAUUUACACUUAGAUUUAACCUUGUCUUCGAUUUGUCCCAAGCCCUAGUAUUUAUCGUUGCUUGCAAUGCUUAGGGUAGGCUUCGCAAAGCUGCGCAUUCCGCUUCGGAGUUGGCCCCAUGGCAGGAAAUACCUAUCUCAGUCCACGCUGGGGAGGCCAUCAUCUUUGAUAAUCUCUAGCAUACUUGGAUCGCACUGGACACGCAGUUCUCUGACUAGAAGUCGCCCCAUCUCCUCCGCGGCGACUCAAGAAGUUGUUUCUUCGGAGCAGUUAGGCGUCACGGAGCCUAGAGUUCACAGUGAUAUCCCUAUUGCUAACGCUGAUGAACGCAAAGUAUCCAUUCUUUGGAGUCCACAGCGUUGGUCUAGAUUUCACCACAUCUGGUUGCGCGACCACUGCAGAUGCCCAGAUUGUUUCCAUCCCAUAACAAAGCAGCGAUUGCUCAAUACAUUCGAGAUUCCGGCUGAUAUCAAACCUAUACAUGUACAAGGGUCCACGGAUGGCCUUGAAGUUGUCUGGCCUGGAACUAGCACUGAAUCCCACUCUUCUGUUUACCCAUGGGCAUGGCUACAAGCCAACACAUACGAUCCACCUCUUCAAAAAAUACCCAACCGGAAAGUCCUUUGGGGAUCAAAGAUAGAGAAGUCUCCACCCUCUGUGACUUAUACCGAGGCCAUGGACGAUGAUGAUAAGGGACUGUAUAAGUGGCUGACGAACGUUGAAACCUUUGGUUUUUGCUUUGUCUCAGGGGUUCCUGCAACACCUGAGGCCACAGAGGAACUCAGUCAACGUAUCGGCUUCAUCAGAGAAACUCAGUAUGGGAAGUUUUGGGAGUUCACUGCUGACCUUUCAAAAGGAGAUACUGCGUACACCACAAUGGCGCUAGGAGCACACACUGACAACACCUAUUUCACUGACCCUUGCGGUCUUCAACUUUUCCAUCUCCUAUCACAUACCGAAGGCUCUGGGGGAGCAACGCUUCUCGUGGAUGGUUUAUAUGUCGCCGCCCUCAUGAAGGAGCUACAUCCGAAGUUCCACGAUCUUCUUUCCCGUGUCCCCAUUCCAGCCCAUGCAGCAGGAGAACCAUCAGCACUGUACACUCCAAGUCCCCUUGCAAUGUACCCCCCGUUAAGGUAUCACCCAAGCACUGGAGAACUCAUGCAUGUGCGGUGGAAUAACGAUGACAGAAGUGUUAUGAACCACUUGGCGCCAGAGGAAGUAGAGGAAUGGUAUCAAGCAAUUAAGAUUUGGAACGAACUCUUGACGAGACCUGAUUCAGAGUUUUGGGUCCCGCUUAGUCCCGGCACUGUAUUAACGGUUGACAACCAUCGCGUGCUUCAUGGCCGAUCUGCUUUUGACGGUAAGCGCCGCGUGUGUGGUGCAUACAUCGGGAUAGACGAAUAUCAUUCGAAACUCGCUGUCCUCAAGGAGAAAUUCGAAGGUACCGGUGAUAACGGCCAGAACAAGGAAAGGAGACCUGAGGAUAGCAGAAGCAUUUGGAACUCCAAUCUAUGAUUUGAGGGCCACUUAUUGGAAUUCCGGUCAUCCAUCAAGGUUCGAUAUCGAUUACGAUUAGCUAUGACAAUACGAGUGAUGUAUGUAUGCAAAGCAAUUUAUUUUAGAACGCAACAUCGGAAUAGAUUCAAAUGCUCUCGGGUCGCCAAAUUCUACUCGACCUACUCAGGUCGUAUCCCGAUUCUGUCAAAAUCUAUAAGGCCUCAUGCAUUUCGGCUGUGGUCGCCUCCAUUUGUUUCUUUGACUGCCCGCAAUUCCCUCGGGCAAAAAUCCAAGAAUGACCUCUUCUGGGACAGUUGCAGCGUUGGGUGUGAUUAAGAUUAACGGGGAGCAAGUUUUUAAACUUUAUCCAUUGGUAUCUGACAUCUCCAUGGAUCAACUGUUGCAAUAACAUCACUGUGGAGUACGG